GAAAAUUCAUGUGAAUUAUAACAAUGCUGCGAGUGCCAGUCAGUCGGGCCCUUACCUUUGGGGCCCGGUUCCCGGUGCAGACGAUAGUGCGCACGUCGGCUACCACACCGGCCAAGGCGCCGGAAAAGAUUGAAGUGUUUGUGGACGAUCAACCGGUGAUGGUGGAACCGGGUACCACCGUACUACAGGCUGCGGCUCAAGUUGGUGUGGAGAUUCCGCGCUUCUGCUAUCACGAGCGUCUGGCGGUAGCCGGCAACUGUCGUAUGUGUUUGGUGGAGGUCGAGAAAUCACCCAAACCAGUCGCCGCUUGUGCUAUGCCGGUGAUGAAGGGCUGGCGCAUUAAAACAAAUUCCGAAAUGACGCGCAAAGCGCGCGAAGGCGUCAUGGAGUUUCUGCUGAUGAACCAUCCGCUCGACUGUCCGAUCUGUGAUCAGGGUGGCGAAUGUGAUCUGCAGGAUCAGGCGAUGGCAUUCGGUUCGGAUCGUUCGCGCUUUACCGAUAUCCAUCACACCGGCAAGCGAGCGGUCGAGGACAAGGACAUUGGUCCGCUAAUUAAAACCAUCAUGACUCGGUGCAUUCACUGUACGCGUUGUAUCCGGUUCGCAUCGGAGGUGGCCGGUGUUGACGAUCUCGGCACGACCGGACGCGGCAACGACAUGCAGAUCGGUACGUACGUGGAGAAGUUUUUCCUUUCCGAGCUGUCGGGUAACGUGAUCGAUCUGUGCCCGGUCGGUGCGCUCACCAACAAACCGUACAGCUUCGUUGCACGUCCAUGGGAAAUUCGCAAGAUCGAAUCGAUCGACGUACUGGAUGCGGUCGGUAGCAACAUUGUGGUGAGCACGCGUACCGGCGAGGUGCUGCGUAUAUUGCCGCGUGAAAACGACGAAAUUAACGAGGAAUGGUUGUCGGACAAAUCGCGUUUCGCUUGCGAUGGGUUGAAGCGCCAGCGGCUGAUUGCACCGAUGCUGCGCAAUCCGAGCGGUGAGCUGGAGGCGGUCGAGUGGGAAUCGGCACUGAUUACGAUCGCGCAAGCGUUGCGUGGUGCACCGAAAGGAAAGGUGGCGGCCGUUGCCGGUGGACUGGUGGAUGCGGAAUCGCUCGUUGCGCUGAAAGAUCUGCUGAACCGGUUGGGAUCGGAAACGCUCUGCACGGAGCAAAAGUUCCCCACCGAUGGAUCGGGCACGGAUUUCCGUUCGAGCUAUCUGCUCAACUCGUCGAUCGCUGCAUGUGAGGAGGCCGAUCUUGUACUGCUUGUCGGUACGAAUCCGCGGUAUGAAGCGCCGCUUUUGAAUACCCGACUGAGGAAGGGAUACAUCCACAAUGAACAAAACAUUGCAAUGAUUGGACCGAAGGUUAAUCUUUCCUACGAGUACGAGCAUCUGGGAAGCGAUACCUCGCUGAUUCGCGACAUUGCAAAUGGACAUCAUCCAUUUGCCAAGAAGCUGAAGGACGCUAAGAAGCCACUGAUUAUCGUCGGUGCCAAUCAGCUUGCCCGCAAGGAUGGUUCUUCGUUCCUUACUGCGCUUCAUGUAUUCGCCAACUCGUUAACACCGGAAGACAAAAACUGGAAGGUAUGGAACGUGCUGCAGACGAACGCCGCUCAAACGGCCGCUCUUGACGUUGGCUAUACGCCAGGCGUCGAUGCUGCCGUCGAACUGCAGCCGAAGGUUCUUUUCCUGCUGGGUGCUGAUGCCGGCGUAGUCGACAAGGAAAAGUUACCGAAAGAUUGUUUCAUCGUGUACCAGGGACACCACGGAGAUGCAGGAGCACAGAUGGCACACGCCAUCCUGCCCGGUGCCGCAUACACCGAGAAGCAGGGCACGUACGUUAAUACUGAGGGACGAGCCCAACAAACGCUGGUAGCCGUCACACCUCCCGGACUGGCCCGAGAAGACUGGAAAAUCUUGCGCGCCUUGUCCGAGGUUGCCGGUGCACCAUUGCCGUACGAUAACCUGGACGAUUUGCGCUCCCGCCUGGAAGAUAUUGCACCGCAUCUUGUACGCUACGGACGUCUGGAGGCGUCCAACUUUUUUGCCAUCGCGGACGCAUUGCUGAAGAACUCCUCGGUACACUUUGAUAGUGGCAAGGUGGAUGUGGCCCAGAAGAAGUUGGCUGACUUCUUCAUGACCGAUCCGAUUACGCGCGCUUCGCCCACCAUGGCCAAGUGUGUGACGGCAGCGAAGAAGCAGUUACAAGCGAAUUAAAGCAUAAACGCGUUGCAAGCGUGCAAAACUGAGACG